GAGCUGUGGAAUCAUUUCAUUGUGUAACUUUUCUUCAUUACAGAUGAAUGAAAACGUAGUUACAGUUAUCUUUUGUUUUUUCAUCCAGACACCAACACCUGUUUCAGCCUCACUCUCUGCAGCCCUCUCUACCAGUCAUCACCAUGGCAACGGAAAACACAAACACAUCAACCAAAUGCAAGGACAUCAUUUCCAAAAGUGUUCUGAUCCAACCAGGACCUCCUGCUGUCUACCAGCUGAGACCAAAGAAAGAGAACAUUGGAUCUCUAAGAAGAAUGACUCUCGGUGAAAGAAAUGUGAACAAGAUAAACAAAACCAUCUUGCUUGUGGGUGAAACAGGAGCAGGAAAAUCUACUCUGAUCAACGCUCUGGUCAACUACGCCAUGGGAGUGAAGUGGGAGGAUGAUGUCUGGUUUAAGAUCGUAGAGGACGAGAAGAAGAAAGAGGACAAAAUAGACAGGAAGGAUGAGAAGGAAGAGAAGGACGAGGAGGACGAGGAGGACGAGGAAGGUGAGGAAAAAGGUCAGACAGAGAGUCAGACAUCAGAUGUGAUCGUGUACCAGAUCUUUGGUUUUGAAGGUGAAACUCUGCCCUACUCUCUGACCAUCAUCGAUACUCCUGGAUACGGAGACAGCAGAGGAAUCCAACAUGAUGACAUCAUCAGUGAAAGAUUAUUAGACUGGUUCCGCUCAGAGGACGGAGUUCAUGAGAUGGAUGCAGUGGGUCUGGUGCUGAAAGCAACUGAGAAUCACCUGAGUGACCGACUGAGGUACAUCUUUGAUUCAGUGGUGUCUCUGUUUGGAAAAGACAUGGAGAAGAACAUUGUUGCUCUCCUCACAUUCUCAAAUGGUCUGAUACCUGAAAAUCCUCUGAAAGCUCUCAAGACUGGAAAAAUUAAAUGUGCCAGAAAUGAAAAGAAUCAGCCUGUUUACUUCCUGUUUGAUAACUGCCAGAACACAGAGAGAACACAGGGAUACAAGUCAGCUUUUGAGACUGCAUGGGAAACAUCAAUGAGAGGAAUGAAUGAAUUUACAUACUUUCUAGAAAAAUCUGAGCCUCGAAACAUGAACACAACUGUUAAAGUGUUGAAUUCACGAAUCAAACUGACAGCCUGCAUCCAAAACCUGAAAGAGAGAGUUGAGUUCACUGAACAGAAACAGAGAGAAAACCAACAGACUCAGGAAGCUCUGAAGAAACAUGAAGAAGAGAUGAAGAGAAAUGAAGAGUUCACUGUAGAAGUUGAUGAGGUCUACAAAGAAAAAGAAAGGAUCAAAGGUGGAAUGUGGGGGUUGGUGUUUUAUGAAGGAGCUGUCUGCUGUAAAGUCUGUGAGGAGAACUGUCACUAUCCUGGAUGCACACUGGCCUGGUAUCCUGAACACUGUGAGGUCAUGAAAGAUGGCCGCUGCACUUCAUGUACCAGGAAGUGUCCUGUAUCAGAUCAUGUGAAAGAAAAGUGGAUCUAUGUGACCAAGACAAGGAAAGUUCAGAAGACCCUGCAAGAUGUGAAGGAGAAGUAUGAAAGAGGUAAAGCAGGAUGUGAGGAGACAACAAGCCUUUUGAAAAAACUAAAAAAGCAAAUGGAAAAACUUAAGAAAGAAAAAGAUCAGAUGUUGGAAAAGUCCUUCAAACAUGUUGUCAGACUGGAUCAGAUCGCCCUGAAUGUUGAUUCACUGUCCACUCAUGACCACUUGGACUUCCUGAUUGAGAAGAUGAAGGAGAAAGGAGACGCAGAGAAGGUCCAGAAACUGGAGGAGAUGAAGAGUCGAGAGGAUGAAGGAACCAGAGCAGGACUGCGGUACAGACUAACAGCAGCUAUAAAGCAGGGAAUUAGGUGAACAACUCUUUAAACAGCAAAGUUAUUUUGUUCUUGGAUGAGAAGUCCUGGAGCUGCUCAGAAUCAUGGGAAGUUUUACCAUUGAAACUGAUGCAGUGUGAUGUGGUUGUGGUUAUGAUUGUUUCUGUCAGCUGCUGCUUCUGCAUUAAUGAAUGAACUGUCAGUCUCAGCUCCAUAAAAAUAAAGUACACAGUGUGUUUUUCUUUCC